AUGGCUAGCACAUCUCACAACCCCAAGAUCCUCCUGAGACGCGUGUUCUCUUUGAAUGAAUCAGCACCAUUCAUUUUGUGCAUAGAUGAUCUAUCGCAAGCCGGUUGGCAUAUUAUAGAAGAGUUUGCUCAAAAUGUCAGUCAGUCAACGCCCAUAGUCUAUGUUGGCUAUGAAACAGUGAAUAAACCUGCAUUUGCAACACAUUUUAUUGAGGGAACCACAUCGGUAGAAAGACUCACCAUCGGUAUUCAGUCGUAUCUACCAAGUCAACCCACGACCAAGAGGCAUUUGGUAGUGAUCGAUUCACUGAACUAUAUACCCAACGACCAAAUUUCGCAAUUCAUCAGCAACAUCGUCUCACCGUCCGUGACACUGUUGGGUAUUUACCAUAGAUCAGAAUCCGAGCAUAGACCAGCUUCACUGGAAAACUACCCUUCCUCGCUUUCGUUGCUCCAUUUUAUGGCAUCAACAGUACUAGAAUGCGCACCACUUUUUAACAAAAGUGUGGACCUCGAAGAGGUAGAGUCGGAAAUUCAGAGGUUUAGUAUUCCUCGCGGCUUGAACGCCACCGUGUCGAAGAUAAUAAUGACCAAUCGUAGAAAAUCUGGAAGAUCACUGGUAUAUGCUUUUCGGUAUAACUCUCAAGACCACUCUUACGACCAAUUAGUUGAAACAGAAGAGGAUCAAGGUGUCGAUGACUCUCAAGUGCUUGAAGGUCUGACUACAUUCAAUUUGAAGACAUCAAACAAACAAAAAUUGGCACGAGAACAGGUAGAGCUACCAUUUCUGGAGGCUCAAAGCUUUAAUACAGGAGGAGCUAUUGUAUAUGAGUUCGAAAAGGAUGACGACUAUGAUGAGGAGGAUCCCUACGAGGACCCAUUUUGA